UCUACCGGUGACGCCACUGUAUGCAGUGGACGCCAUUUUACGCUUAAAUACGCUGCUUACAGUUUUAGUGUCAGUUAAAGCAAAGAAUGAGUGAAUAUUCAGCUGUAGCUCCUCCUCAGCAAAAUUUUAAUCAAUCUUCAGCCUUUGCUGCAGCUUUACAAAGAGCAAAGCAGAUUGCUGCUAAAAUAAAUCCCAACAGUACUACUGGAGAUACUAGAACUAAACGGCCAUUAGAGGAUGGUGCAGAACCAGAUGCAAAGAAAAUUGCAGGUGGUUUAGCUGGAGCAGCAGCAGCUGCAGCUCAAGCUUCUGCGAGAGGUGCACCACAAAAUCAGACUACCAUUCCAAAUAUGGGAGGACCUCCAGGUGUUGGUGGAGGCCCUAGUCAAGGUCAAGGACCACAAUUUAAUGAAGAUAUUAAAGUUCCUGACAAAAUGGUUGGACUAAUAAUCGGCAGAGGCGGCGAGCAGAUCACUCGAUUACAAGCGGAAACGGGUUGCAAGAUCCAAAUGGCUCCUGACUCGGCCGGUCUGCCCGAACGCGCAUGCUCGCUAUCGGGCACCCGUGACGCCAUUAACCGAGCCAAGGAGCUCAUCAUGAAUAUCGUUCAACAGCGCGGUCGGACCGAAGGUCUAGGGGGCGCGGACUUGGGUCCAGGGAUGGGUGGACAAGAUGCGAAUUUCCCGCCAGGAGUCAACAUGAAUCAGACGAUGGGUGGUCGGAAUUUUGUAGAAAUAAUGAUUCCGGGUCCAAAAGUCGGCCUUAUCAUUGGAAAAGGCGGUGAAACCAUCAAACAGUUACAGGAAAAAAGCGGCGCUAAAAUGGUUGUCAUCCAAGAGGGUCCUAACCAGGAAGUAGAGAAGCCCUUGCGUAUCAGUGGUGAUCCACAGAAAGUUGAAUAUGCCAAACAACUUGUGUAUGAUUUAAUUGCUGAAAAAGAAAUGCAAAACUUUAACAGAAGGGGACAAGACAACAGACAACAGCAACAGUUUAACGAUUAUGGGGGUGGAAAUAAUGAAAUGGAGGUUUUAGUGCCACGCCCGGCCGUAGGGGUUGUCAUCGGCAAAGGGGGCGACAUGAUAAAAAAAAUUCAGGCAGAAACAGGGGCACGCGUCCAAUUUCACCAAGCAAAGGAGGAAGGACCGGGUGACCGUCGCUGUUAUUUAUCAGGUCGUCCUCAAAAUGUGGAACAGGCACGCUUACGAAUUGAAGAGCUUAUUGAAAGCGUCUGUGGAAAUAGGGCGGGAGGCGGCGGCGGCGGCGGUGGUCGUGGUGGUCGUGAACGCUUUGAUGGUCGCGGAGGAAACAGGAAUGGGGGUGGACAAGAAUAUGGGGGUGGGUGGGAUGAUAGAAGACCACCGCAACAGCCCCAAGAGGUUACUUUCACUGUUCCAAGUAACAAGUGUGGAAUUAUAAUAGGUCGAGGGGGAGAAACUAUAAAACAGAUUAAUCAACAGUCAGGGGCCCAUUGUGAAUUAGAUCGAAGAUCUCAAAAUCAACAAGACAAAACGUUCAUUAUAAGGGGUGAUCCGGAACAAAUUGAGACCGCAAAGAGAAUAAUAAGUGAAAAAGUACAAAUCCCAUUGAACUUCAUUACUGUUGGUGGUGGAAACAGUAAUUUACCGACAGCGUAUCCUGGAAUGGCACCACAAGGUUACAAUCCUCAGGGUUGGGGUGCACCUGCCUAUCAGCAACAGUGGGGUGCUCCACAUCAAUCGACUGACCCAUCAGUAGCAGCUGGUGUACAACAAAAUUCAAAUCCCAAUGCAGUUCAAAUGAAUCCCGCCACAGGACAAGCUGAUUAUUCACUCCAAUGGGCCGAAUACUACAGAUCGUUGGGAAUGCACCGGGAAGCUGAAAUUAUUGAGCAACAGGCGAAGAACAAAACUGGGGGAGCGACAACUGGAGUUCCUGGUACAAUGGCAGCCACACCUCAAACCAACACAGCAACAGUUGCUGCGCCUUCGUCUGGAGCCGUCAGUAACGGGCCUCAACCCGACUACAGCGCUCAAUGGGCGGAAUAUUACCGAAGUUUAGGAAAGCAUAAGGAAGCUGAAGCUAUCGAAGCGCAAAUGAAACAAAAGAAUCAAGUGGGUGGUCAAGGGACGUCAAAUCCAGCUAAUGGAGGCGGCAUGCCACCUGGUGUUCCUGGCCAAGCAACAACAAUGCCUGGGUACCCCCAGGCUGCUGCUGCAGCAGCCUACGGUGCUUAUCAACAGUCCGCUAGUGGUUAUUACGGCGCACCGGGGCAAGGAACCGCGCCUCAAGCUAUACAACCUCAAGGACAGUAUGGUUAUUCAGGAUAUGGGUAUGGAGCUGCUCAAGCGUCCAGCCAGGAAAAUCAGCAACAGUGAGCUGUCAUUUCAAAAGUGAUUUUAGUUGGCGCUGAGCGAAGGGGGCCCUCCACGGUAGCCGAACUGCACAUGACUUGCUCGCUACGUCCCUGUAUAAUUAGCGUUAAUAAUUAAUAUCGAUAAGACUUUGUUGUUCGAUUAAAAUUAGUGUUUAAUGAUGGGAGCGGGCGACAAUAUGAAUAGCUAACGUUUUCUUUUUGUAUGCCCGACCGAAAAAAUAAUUGAAUGGUGUCAUAAAGUAUGGUGGUGACAAAUAACGACGCCGCAGUGGGAGACGUUUGUUCACAUUUGUCCGGAAAGUUAUCGUUUCAAAAGUACACUUGACGCAUUAUAAAAUAUUUAUAUAUUUUUUUUUGCGUACUUUCGUAACAGGCUCGCAUCUUUUUCAUGAUCUUUAGAAAAAAAGGAAUAGUAUUUUACAGUUUUAGCCAUGUUUGUUAUUAUUGCAUCUUUGUAAUGUUAUUAAUUUUUUUCAUUCUACAUGUAUUUAGUGCCACUGGUCGUUCCAAAAGAUUCAUAACAUUUACACAUAUUGAUGUGUUAUUUCUUUAUCUUGAAUGCCUUUUGUUUAAUAAUUCGCAAAUAACAUUUAACUACCUAUGUAAAUGGUUCACAUCGAACUCCAAGGUACAUAUGUCGGACCAGGCAUUGGUAAGGUUUAAAUUUAAAUAACACUAUUUUGUCUAUUUUAUUAAUAUCCAUUUUUACUAAUUUAUUUUUGUUUAAUUAACGUCAAUUUUGGUUAGUAAACGUGAAAAAUCAAUUAGCUAUACAUAUU